UUAUUAAUAUAAAUGGCGCAAAGUGCUAUUUUUCCCGUCGAUUUGAGGGUUAUUGGAAAUUACCCAAAUCUUGUUCUGUUUGAAUUCAACGAUUUUUUCUGCGAAGUGAGAUUGAAAUGGCGGAGGAUGGUAAUAAUCGUGCUAAGAAAGAGUCAACUUUAGUGCCGAGUUCUUCGAAUUUGCCGCGUCAAACCCAAGACAUUGAAAUUGAAGAUCCCGACGAUCCCGUCAAAUCCGUUCCUAAUUCCGCCAAUAAUUCAUCUACUCGCGAGGCUUGCUAUGCUGUUCUUCAGAGUUGGGUGUCAAAGAAGUUUAUGACUGGAUGUGUUGUUCUCUUUCCUGUCGCUGUUACAUUUUUCGUCACUUGA